AUGGAGCAUCCGGACUGGCAGCGGUCGAGGAGCAGAGGCCACCGGCGCUACGACGACGAUGACGACGCCCAGCCGUUCUACAUCGGCGUCCCGGUCUCUCACCGGCGGAAGCGGCGCCGGCACCACUCCUACGCCAGCGACGCCGAGCGCGAGGCCAGACACGCCCACUACGACCACCACACACACUGCGAGCACGCCCACCGCGCCUACUACCACGACCGGGACGAGCGGUACGAGGAGGAGGGCGGCGGCGGCGAGCAGCAGGAGCACAACGACCCCUCAGUGUCUCCCGCCGCCGAGCGGCUCCGCCACAUCCUGGGCGACGAUGACGGCGCCCCGACACCCACCAUCUUCACCGAGAUGGACACGCUGCAGCACGAGGGCGGCGAGCUGGAGUGGAAAGAGUCGGCACGGUGGGUGAAGUUCGAGGAGAAGGUGGAGGAGGGAGGGGAGCGGUGGAGCAAGCCCCACGUGUCCACGCUAACCCUGCACAGCCUGUUCGAGCUCCGGACCUGCCUGCAGACGGGCAGCAUCCUGCUCGACCUGGAAGGAUACUCGCUGCCGCAGAUCGUGGAGGAGAUCGUCGACCGGCAGAUCGCCGACGGCCUCAUCGCGCCCGACCUGAAGGAGAAGAUCAUCUUCGUGCUGCUCAGGAAGCACCGCCACCAGACCAAGAAGCCCAUCCACCGCUCGCUCGCCGACAUCGGGAAGUCCUCCAACGCGUCCUCCAGCCGUAGUCCUCACGCUAACCUGAGUCGUAGCACUAGUUCAGCUUCCGGGAUCCACCGCUCCACUGAAGACCUACGCUCUCGGCAGUCAAGCAGCCUUGGCCGCCUGCAUCCCGCUCAGAGCCGCAGCAUGAACGACAUUUCAGACACGCCGAGCUCGGAUCAGCUGAAGAACAAGUUCAUGAAGAAGAUCCCCCGAGACGCCGAAGCCUCCAACGUGCUGAUCGGCGAGGUGGACUUCCUGGACAAACCCUUCGUGGCCUUCGUGCGUCUGGCUCAGGCCACGACUCUGGGCGGUCUGACCGAGGUGCCCGUCCCGACCAGGUUCCUCUUCAUCCUGCUGGGCCCCCACGGAAAAACCAAGUCCUACAACGAGAUCGGCCGAGCCAUCGCCACGCUCAUGGUGGACGACCUCUUCAGUGACGUCGCCUACAAGGCGAGGGACCGCGAGGACCUGAUCGCCGGCGUGGACGAGUUCCUGGACGAGGUGAUCGUCCUGCCCCCGGGGGAGUGGGACCCCAAGAUCCGCAUCGAGCCGCCCAAGAAGGUCCCGUCGGCCGAAAUGAGGAAGUCGGUGCUGAACCUGAACGAGCUGGGUCAGAUGAACGGUUCGGCCGGCGGCGCCGCCGGAGGCGAGGACGAGGAGCUUCCCGCUCCGCACGAGCUGGGAGAGGAGCUGAAGUUCACCGGGAGGUUCUGCGGCGGGCUGUGGCUGGACAUCAAGAGGAAGAUCCCCUGGUACUGCAGCGAUAUCUACGACGGCUUCCAUAUCCAGUCCAUCUCCGCCGUGCUCUUCAUCUACCUGGGAUGCAUCACCAACGCCAUCACCUUCGGAGGGCUGCUGGGAGACGCCACCGACAACUACCAGGGAGUGAUGGAGAGCUUCCUCGGCACGGCUCUGGCAGGAACGGUCUUCUGCGUGUUCGGCGGACAGCCGCUCAUCAUCCUCAGCUCCACCGGACCCAUCCUCAUCUUUGAAAAACUGCUUUACGACUUUAGCAAGAGUAACGACGUGGACUACAUGGAGCUGCGCCUGUGGAUCGGCCUCCACUCCUGCCUGCAGUGCUUCCUGCUGGUGGUGUCGGACGCCAGCUACAUCAUCAAGUACAUGACGCGCUUCACCGAGGAGGGCUUCUCCAGCCUCAUCUCCUUCAUCUUCAUCUCCGACGCCAUCAAGAAGAUGGUGGGAUCUUUUAAGUAUUACCCGAUCAACCGUGGCUUCAAACCUGAUUUCAUCACGUCCUUCAGGUGUGAGUGCGUCGCUCCGGACCAGGCAUCUGCGCUGGGCUUGGAUGUUUCAGCUCCGCUCGCAGACGAUAACAUGACUCUGCUGUUUAACCUGACAGACAUGGACUGGAGCCAGCUGAGUAAGAAGGAGUGUGUGAAGUACGGCGGCUCGCUGGUGGGCAGCUCCUGUAAGUACGUCCCCGACCUGGCCCUCAUGUCCUUCAUCCUCUUCUUCGGCACCUACUCCAUGACGGUCUCCCUCAAGAAAUUCAAGUUCAGCCGAUAUUUCCCCACCAAGCUCCGUACCCUGGUCAGUGACUUCUCCAUCAUCAUCUCCAUCCUGUUCUUCUGUGGGCUGGACUUCCUGCUGCAGCUGGACACGCCCAAACUGCACGUCCCCACUCAGAUCAAGCUGCGGAAGCUAAUCAGUGACUUUUCCAUCUUCAUGUCCAUCAUGUCCUUCGUGGGCCUGGACAUGCUGAUGGGUUUAGACACGCCCAAACUAAUCGUUCCCACAGAGUUCAAGCCCACCCGUCCUGACCGCGGCUGGCUGGUGAUGCCCUUCGGGAAGAACCCGUGGUGGUGGUACCUGGCCAGCGCCGUGCCCGCCCUGCUGGUCACCAUCCUCAUCUUCAUGGACCAGCAGAUCAGCGCCGUCAUCGUCAACCGCAAGGAGAACAAGCUGAAGAAGGGGUGCGGCUACCACCUGGACCUGUUCUGGGUGGGGGUGCUGAUGGCGGCCUGCUCCUUCAUGGGCCUGCCCUGGUACGUGGCCGCCACCGUCAUCUCCAUCGCCCACAUCGACUCGCUGAAGAUGGAGAGCGAGUCGAGCGCCCCGGGGGAGCAGCCCCAGUUCCUGGGAGUCAGAGAGCAGAGGCUGACGGGCAUCCUGGUGUUCGUUCUCACCGGGCUCUCCGUCUUCCUGGCUCCGGUCCUGCAGUUUAUCCCCAUGCCCGUCCUGUAUGGCGUCUUCCUCUACAUGGGCGUGGCGUCACUGAGCGGCAUCCAGUUCUGGGAGCGGAUCAAGCUGUAUCUGAUGCCGGCCAAACACCAGCCCGACUUCUCCUUCCUGCGCCACGUCCCCCUCAGACGGGUCCACCUCUUCACCCUGGUCCAGAUCGUCUGUCUGGCCGUCCUCUGGAUCCUCAAGUCCACCUUCCUCGCCAUCAUCUUCCCCGUCAUGAUUCUGGGUCUGAUGGCCGUCCGGAAGCUUCUGGACCUGAUGUUCUCGCAGCACGACCUGGCCUGGCUGGACGACAUCCUGCCGGACAAAGACAAGAAGAAGAAGGAGGACGAGAAGUCGAGGAAGAAGGAGAGGAAGGCCGGCGAGCCGGAGAGCGACGAGGAGGCCCUCAGCUCCGCCUCUCCUCCUCCUCCUCCUCUUCCUCCUCCCGCGGUGAGGAUUCCCAUGGAGGCCUUAUUGCCUCACUCUGACGAAGACUCCGUCCACGUUUCCCCUCCAACCCAAAACCAAACCCGUGACUGAGGCCAACCCCUACUCCACCGUCACGUCCGACCCCGGCGAGCUGGACCGCAGGUACUGUGUGCUGAAACUGCACGUGCCCUACAGCGAGCUGCUGCACACACCCGGGCGGAGCGCGGGCUGGGACGACAGCGCCACCUUCAGGCCGACGCACACAUAGAUCCCCACACACACACACACACACACUGAGCUGCCAGCCGCCGGAUCGCCUGUGUUUAUAUGUACAGUAUGUAAAGUUAGAGCGACGCCUUUGUGACUGUAGAACAUUUCUGAAGCGCUUCUGUUGUUUGUACAGUAGAGACACGGUAGAGAAAAAUCUGCUCUUUGUAGAAACAAACAUCUGAAUAUGCAGAAAAACCAGCAGGCAGCAGGUCAGAGGCACUGUCGGGUUCAAGGUUUCCACUCUUCCCAUGAUGCUUCAGUCAGCUACAGCAGCAGUGAGUUAGCUUUUAGCUGCUGCUCAUGACACGUCUGACACUGGUAUGAAAUAAUCCUAAAACCCUGGUUCUGCAGUGUCUGCCCACACCGCUCGGCUUGGUUGUUUCUUUUGUCUCUGAUUGGCUGAAUCGUCGGAUUAACGUCCGCCGCUGAUCUGAAGCUGUUUGGUUUCAAAGUGACGCCGGAGUCACGUCCUCCAGAAGCAGGUUGAGGUCUGGAAAGUCUUGUUGAAGGGUGUCCCCCCUCCCCCCUCCCCCCUCCCCCACCACUGUUCCAGCAUCACCCUGCACCUGAAGAUCUCCUGCCCCCCCUCACCAGCCCACUCCCAGACCAGCCUGGCCUCCACGGACCCCCUCAUCCCCCAGCGGCCCGCCCAGGUCAGCAUCCGGCUGGAGUCCGACUGCGAGGAGCAGCAACACCACCUCCUCCACCUCCCCCUCCACCAGCAGCAGCAGCAGCAGCAGCAGCAGCGGCGGCCCCCCAGCCCCACAAGCCCUCCACACCCACACAGACACCAGUACAGAAAACUGAGAGCCCACUUUGAAGACUCCUGUGCUGAAACCAUCCUGUAACACACACACACACACACACACACACACACACACACACACACACACACACACACACACACACACCACCACUACUGUCAGAUCCGGUACAUAAAAGUGGGGAAAAUGUUUUUUUUUUUUUUUUUUCAUCUUAGAAUUCACAAAGAAAACGAAUGGAUAAACUUGAAACAUUCCUGAGUUUCAUUAAUUUAUUUCCCAGAUAUACUGUUGAGUUCAUCUGAAUUU